GAACUAUGCAUAUAUGAAGAAACGCUGUGAGGUAAAACGGCCGUCAGUCAUAUAUAGUCUACACUGCUGCCGGUCUAUUUGCUGAUUUGCAGGGCCGACGUCAGCCUCUCUCUAUUCUCAUUCCUUCCCAAAUUCCUCUCUCUCUCUCUGCUUCAUUUAUUUCCUCAUUUAUUCGAGUUUUGAAACUCCAUGUACGAUAAUACUUGACUCUGGAAAUUGGCUUGUUUUGUGGUUUGUUGUAUUAAUUGUGAUUUGAAGUGAACCCAGAGCGCUGGGAGGGAGAGAAUUUGGUGGGUUGGCUUGUGUUGGAAUUUGGUCUGGGUGACUGGGUCUGCGGUGAAUUGGGGUUUUCAUUUCGUGAAUUUCGCGCGGGUCAAGAAUGCCCCAGGAUUCUUCGUCUGAACAAGAGCCGGAAGAUUCUGAUGCUGAGUUCGUACAGCUUGAUCCCACUGGUCGAUACGGUCGGUAUAAAGAGGUUCUUGGAAAAGGGGCUUUCAAAAAAGUAUAUAAAGCAUUUGAUGAAUUGGAAGGAAUUGAGGUGGCUUGGAAUCAGGUCAGGGUGGCUGAUCUCUUGCGAAAUUCUGAAGAUUUGGAACGUCUCUAUUCAGAAGUUCAUUUGCUCAAGACUCUUAAGCACAAGAACAUUAUCAAAUUUUACAACUCCUGGGUUGACACCAAACAUGAGCAUAUCAAUUUUAUCACUGAGAUUUUCACUUCGGGGACAUUGCGGCAGUAUCGUAAGAAACAUAAACAUGUUGAUUUGAGAGCAUUAAAGAAAUGGUCUAGGCAGAUCCUGGAGGGUCUAUCCUAUCUUCAUAGUCAUGACCCGCCAGUUAUUCAUCGAGAUCUGAAGUGUGAUAACAUUUUUGUGAAUGGUAACCAAGGAGAGGUGAAAAUCGGUGACUUGGGAUUUGCGGCCAUUCUUUGCAAAGCUCGUUCAGCUCACAGUGUUAUUGGUGAGUACUCUCUCUCUCUCUCUGGCUGUUGCGUGCACUCACAUACGCGUGCACACAUGCAUGUAUUCACACACGCACAAAAUUCUUUUGGAUGGGGGCUGCCAUGCUGGUGUUGGAAGUGUGUCAAUGUACUUGUCAUUGUCAAUUCAGGUACUCCAGAGUUCAUGGCACCAGAGCUUUAUGAGGAGGAAUACAAUGAGCUUGUUGACAUUUAUGCAUUUGGCAUGUGCUUACUGGAGUUGGUGACGUUUGAGUACCCAUAUGUUGAAUGCACCAAUGCUGCUCAAAUAUACAAGAAAGUAACAUCAGGAGUCAAGCCAGCAUCACUGGCAAAAGUAACUGAUUCUGGAGUCAGAGUAUUUAUAGAGAAAUGUAUUGCACACGUCUCCAAAAGAUUGCCUGCUAAGGAACUUUUAAUGGAUCCUUUUCUCCGAUCAGAUGAUGAAAGCGAAAGUGUGGGUCAAACAUUGCGAUCAAUACCACAUCAUUCAGAUGAUGAAGAACAACGGUUCAAUAUUGUAAAAAAAAGUGCAAAGGCUUCCCAACGUGAUGCAAGUCGAGACUUCACGGUGGAAGGUCAGAGGAAAGACCUAAUUACAAUAUUCCUAAAAUUACGAAUAGCAGAUGCCACAGGUCAUUUUCGCAACAUACACUUUCCAUUUGAUAUUGAGGCUGAUACAGCAAUUGCUGUUGCCAGUGAAAUGGUUGAGGAAUUGGAUCUUACAGAUCAAGAUGUUUCAGCCAUUGCUGCAAUGAUUGACUCUGAAAUUCGGUCUCAUAUUCCUGACUGGACAAUUGGAGAAACUUCAGGAGAUAAUUUUGAUCAAGAAGUUGCAAGCCCUGAUACUUAUGCCUCUGAAACAAAGGAUGGUGCUGCUACAUCGACUUCUUUGUCACCUGGUAGUCUUGUUCUGGAUCGAAUGUCCUCAGGUAGGAAGUACUGGUCUGACUCACCCAAGGGGGUUGGAGGAAACUCUCUGGUAAAGCCUGGUCCUGCAAACUUAUAUUCUCAGUCAGAGCUGGUAAAAUUUGGAGAUAUAUUGGCUAAAGAUGGUGAAUCUUUUUGUGAGAACAUCUGGGAUGCAGAUACUCCCAAUAAAAUUGCUUCAUUGGAACAAGCGGAGGAUGCCUACAUUCUCAAAUUUGAUGUCGAGAGGAAAAAUGAAACUAGUGUGCUUGCAGAUUCACAAUUAGUUGAUAGAAGCAGUGCAGCUGCUGCUCUACCUGCAGCCAAUGUGUCUCAUUCAGUGGGAGGGCAGAGUAAAAAUUUAAGGAAGCCUGAAUCUGAAGAUGUCAGAACCAUUGAGGAGAAACUUAAACAUCUGUUGUUCAAGCAAGAAAAGGAGGUAGAUGAACUGAAGAGGAGGCAUGAACUGGCCAUAUCUGAUCUUUUGAAGGAAUUACCUUCGAAGCUCCAUCAGGAACUUCUUCAGAGAUGCAACCUGGGGAUUGCUGGUUCGCCAUUAAACGGUAAUGCAGGUCAUUCUUGUUUUGGAAAGUCAGGGAUCCAAUUGAUAUGCUGUGUAAUGCUAUAGGAACAGCCUAAAAAUGUCUUGCGAAGAAAUUUUGAGCAACUAUACCUUUGCUUCUACAGAAUGUAAAUGUCAUUAUGGAACAUGAGGCAAUACAGGGAAGAUGAAUGGUGAUUUUCAAUUGCCCAGGUGCUUGUGGUUUUGUUUCUUAGAUAGAAUAUGAUAGAAUAUGAUGAUUUCAGAAUGAAUCCGAAUAAUAGUGGAUUACCUUAGACUUCUUUUUUGUAUUAUUUCUAAUACCUGAAUUUAUGUCAUUGCUUCUUGACGAGAGAAGUAGGUUCAAAUGUAUCA